AUGCCCGCAAACCCCCCAGGGUACGCACAGGGGACACAAGCAGGCUAUCCUCCUCCAAUCGCCCAGCAAAUCCCUCUUACUAACACCUACGUAGCAGCAAAUACGCAUACCGUAGUUGUGGGUAGCGCUUUGCAAGCCCCUGAAUACCCUUACAAUACUACUUGCCCCAGUUGUAAUGCUCCCAUCCUGACCGCAGCCGAGUACAAGUCCGGAGCUCUCACCUGGAUCAUUUGCGUUGUCUUGACCCUCGUUGGAUGUUUUCUUGGAUGUUGUUUGAUCCCAUUCUGCAUCAACAGCACCAAGGACGUGGUCCACACGUGUCCCAGAUGCAACAUUGUGGUUGGUCAGCAUAAAAGAAUCUAA